UUGGGUCUCAUUUGCAUUUGCAUUUGCUGUUUGUUUCCUCUUUAUAAACCCCUUCGUCUUCUUACCCCCAAAUUUUGCUCUUCUAUUUUCCCAAAACCCCUUUCUCUCACGCUGCUUCUUCUUUCAUUUUCGCUCUGUUUCUGUGCCUAUCAAUCAAGGUUGAAAGAUGGCUGAUGGUGAAGAUAUCCAACCUCUUGUCUGUGAUAAUGGAACUGGAAUGGUCAAGGCUGGUUUUGCCGGUGACGAUGCUCCAAGGGCUGUGUUUCCUAGUAUUGUCGGUCGACCACGUCAUACCGGUGUGAUGGUUGGAAUGGGCCAAAAGGAUGCAUAUGUUGGGGAUGAAGCUCAGUCAAAAAGGGGUAUUCUUACAUUGAAAUACCCAAUUGAGCAUGGCAUUGUAAGCAACUGGGAUGACAUGGAAAAGAUUUGGCAUCACACGUUCUACAACGAGCUUCGUGUUGCUCCUGAAGAACAUCCGGUCCUUCUUACUGAAGCACCGCUCAACCCGAAGGCAAACAGGGAGAAGAUGACUCAGAUCAUGUUUGAAACGUUCGACGUCCCUGCUAUGUAUGUUGCAAUCCAGGCCGUUUUAUCUCUCUAUGCCAGUGGUCGGACAACAGGUAUUGUGUUGGAUUCUGGUGAUGGAGUGAGCCACACAGUGCCAAUAUAUGAGGGGUUUUCGCUCCCUCAUGCAAUCCUACGUCUCGACCUUGCUGGUCGUGAUCUGACUGAUGCUUUAAUGAAAAUUCUCACCGAAAGAGGUUACAUGUUCACGACAACCGCCGAGCGGGAAAUUGUCCGUGAUGUGAAGGAGAAGCUUGCAUAUGUGGCCCUUGAUUAUGAGCAAGAACUGGAGACAGCCAAGACUAGUUCGGCCAUUGAGAAAAGCUACGAACUACCAGACGGGCAGGUAAUUACAAUCGGAGCUGAGAGAUUCCGUUGCCCUGAAGUACUUUUCCAGCCAUCUCUGAUCGGCAUGGAAUCUCCUGGAAUCCAUGAAACCACGUAUAACUCCAUCAUGAAGUGUGAUGUCGAUAUCAGGAAAGACUUGUAUGGUAACAUCGUCCUCAGUGGUGGGUCAACGAUGUUCCCCGGCAUUGCUGAUCGUAUGAGCAAAGAAAUUACCGCUCUUGCUCCGAGCAGCAUGAAGAUUAAGGUCGUUGCUCCUCCAGAAAGGAAGUACAGUGUUUGGAUUGGAGGAUCCAUCCUAGCAUCCCUCAGUACCUUCCAACAGAUGUGGAUAACAAAGGCCGAAUACGACGAGUCGGGUCCCGCUAUCGUUCACAGGAAAUGCUUCUGAACAAGAGUUCGGAUGCUAAGUCAAUGAUCUCUUACUUCAACACUGUGUCAUAUGUUAAGUAAAGUUUGGUUAGUUUUUGCUUUUGGAGAUUUGUUUAUAUUGUCUAAAGAGAGAUUGAUGAGCUAAGUUCUUGAAGUUGUAAGUUUGGAAUGGCUUUUCCUUGAAAACAAAGAACAAAAUAAUGUAUUUAUGGGGUUUUUUUUAGGUAGUUUUUUAAGCCAAACUAGUACUUGGAAUAGUUGGGCUGGUAUUGUUCAUACUUCUUGUCUGUCGGUGAAAAGGAGAGGACGGGGGAAUCCAAAUCGGACCUAGAACGCGUUCAAAAGGGAGGAAAGCUUCAUAAGGAGUCUUUACACGGUGUGGCGGUUAGGCAUCCUUAGACGAAAGAGUGGUUCUUUUGUUUGGCUUUGAGGUCAUGAGUUGUAUGCUUCAUAAGGAGUCUUUACACGGUGCGGCGGUUAGGCAUCCUUAGACGAAAGAGUGGUUCUUUUGUUUGGCUUUGAGGUCAUGAGUUGUAUGCAUUUGCAGUGUUUUAGGACUUGUGGUAGAGUUUGUGAGCUGAAUCAUUUUUUCUUGGAAGAACAUUAUGAAUCUUUGAAUUGAAUUGUUAUUUUAGUUUGCAGAGUA